GAAUGGCCCGCCUCCCCCCUCCGACAUGUUCAAUGUACCGGAGGCUUAAAAACACCAUCCUUUUCCACGGGGCAUCCAGACGCAAGGAAGGCGCUGGAUUAAAUAGCACUUCGAGAUUCCUCAAACUAAACAAGCGUCAUUAACUACAUAUAUAUAACAAACAUCUGGAAGUGAUUCUGAAGAGACGGGAGUAAAAGAUUCAUAGAAAAAGCAUGGAUUUUCUAAAUCACAACUAUUUGAACUCCCGCGCUCCUUAUGAUUACACGUUUAAUUUCUGGAAUGACUAUCUGGGCUUGUCAACGCUAGUGACUAAAAACAAAAACAGCGCAGCGCAGAGUCCCAACUCCAUCACGGAGUCUCUAAAAGCCACCCUGGGCUUGGACGACGCCCCCGGAUGCCCGUGCGUGAUCGGGGCUGGCGGAGACGGCGGCCACUUGGACUGCUGCUGCCCCUCUGCCAGCCCGCCGCCAACUUCCAUCCUCGAACUGAAGGAGCGGUUCUCCAUCUUUAGCCCUUUCCAGCACCAAAGCGUCCCAUCGCAAGACAAGGACUCCUGCUUUGGGGGGAGCUUCGCUGGCUUCGACCUUUUCGGCAUCGAGAGGAAGAUGAGGAAGCCGACGCCGAGGAGUAAACAAGAGCCCAAAAUCUGCGUCUUUUGCCGGAAUAACGGAGCCCCGGAGGAGGUUUACGGCUCCCAUGUACUGAAGACGCCCGACGGGAGGGUAGUUUGUCCCAUUCUCAGGGCUUAUACCUGCCCGCUAUGCAGUGCCAACGGGGACAAUGCGCAUACGAUAAAGUACUGCCCGCUUUCCAAAGAUCAGCCCGUCCAGCGGCCGCUGAAGGGAGGCAGGGCAGUGGGUGGUAAGAGACUGAAAAUAUUUUAAGUAGUCCCUUAAUUAAAUAGCGAAUUAACAGACAAAAUUUAAAGAUUGCACUGAACAUUUUAGAUGACUGUUUCUAUACGCUGGUUAUAACUUCUACAAUAUAAUUUUAUCCAUAGGUAAAAUAAAGGAAAAAAUAUUGUACAUUCACAAAAAUGUUCUUCCUAUAUAUGCAUAUUUAGGUUACAUAGUUCUUGUUUCAAUUAUUGCUCAUUUUCAUUGUUUAUUUCUGCUGGCUUUUUUCCCUUCUUUCUUUUUCUUGCGCAUUACUUGAGGUGCACCUUCAUCCAUGCUCACAUUUUCUUGUGAACAGUCAAUGACUGGUGUUCACCUGAGGACAGCUUGAAACAGAACAUAUGAAGACUUUGCGGCCAAAUGCAUUGUAUUUAUUUAACGUCGCUUUGACUAACGAACCAAAGUUUAUUUCGGCACAUUUUAAACGGAAGAAUGUCUCCGCUUCGUGUUAACACUGAGGCUAUAUUUGUGUCCAUUAUGUCUUACUUUUCCCUGUUGAGGAUUCUCUCCAUUAAUCAUUUCCAUUGAGUCGAUUCACUGUUUAAGUUCGUCCUUGAUGCCAUAAGAACAUAACAUAUAUACGAAGAAAAACGCAACUAAAACAAAAACGCUACUUUACCGUACACAAAGUUCAUAAUUAUGACUAACAUUGCCAAAUUAUCACCCCGCCUAUGGCCCCGUGUGAGGCUGAUAUUUUUCCUCCUGUUUCAAUGAAGGAAGACGCAUAAAAGCGACACUGAUGUUUACGUAACAGAGAGAAGGUAAAACACUGGAUUGCUUUUGGAGUAUAAAAUAUAAAAUAUGAAUCAUGUUAUUUGUCUGCGCUUGCUUAAACCAUACCAAUGUACUAUCUGAUGGGAACGGGAGGGAGGUUAUUUUUUAACAAGGAAUGACUGGGAUUUCUCGUGAAUUCUACAAGUUCUGUAGACUGAUUAAACUAAUGAAUGUCAUUAAAGCCUUUAAAAAGAUUAAUGGUCAAUGUAUUAUCCCUCCCCCCUCCCCCUACUUCAUUAUUUUCAGAGUUUAUAUCCAAAAGAUGCAAAAUAUUGUGAAUGUAUAAGAAAGUGAAACAUGCCACUUUGAGAACAGUUUUGUUUACCAAAGGAAUACAGUUUUAAAGAAAUGAGAAAAGUAAUAGAUUUGCUGUAUUGUAUAUAGAAGUCUGUAUUGUUUAUCCAGUAUUUUAACACUAUUAUAAUGGACUUAAGAGGGCACUACCUCAAAAGAAUUUUCAAACAAUUAAAAAUUUAUACUUACAUGUAAAAUUUCUUCAAUUACAGCUGAUGAAUAUACUGCUGCCAUUUAUAAUAAGGGUUUUUAAUAGUAUUUUUUGGAUCUUUGUAUAACAUAAUUGUAUUUUUUUUCUUUUGCAUUGUACGUUUGGAAGUCAGUUUCCGAUUAGCUCGAAGCAUUGUUCGCCAAAAGGCGAGUGUUGUAAAUAAUAUUAUCCACACUUUUUUUGAAGUUGUGCUAUUCGUUUCAUUGUUUUAAAGAGGAUAAACAAGAGAUGAUGGAAUACGUUUAUGAUAAUAGAAAAUUGCCAGCUUUAUCUGAAGUUUUUAAUUAAAUGAGGAAAAAAAAUCAAACAGUGUUGAUCUUUGUUAUUUAUAUUUUGUCUCAAUUCUCUGUAUACUGCAAUGCAGAACUUUAAAAUGAAUUCAUCACAGAAAUAAACAGCUUAUCAAAUA